AUGGCUUUUGAACUAGCAUAUGCUUUCUGCUUUCUGCUUAUGCAGCUGCCAUUUUCAACCAUUGCUCAAACAGAUGGCAAGAAUAUAUCAUUGGGCUCAUCCCUUACUGCACUGGACAAUAAGUCUUUCUGGGCCUCACCAUCUGGGGAAUUUGCUUUUGGUUUCCAAGAAAUUGGUAAAUAUGGCUUCUUACUUGCCAUCUGGUUUAACAAAGUACCUGAAAGAACUAUUGUCUGGUCUGCCAAUGGCGAUAAUCUAGUGCAAAAAGGAUCCACAGUUGAACUCACAAGUGCUGGGCAGUUUAGGCUCAAUGAUAUUGCAACAGGCAAACAAAUCUGGGUGGCUUCUUCUUAUGGUACUGGAGUUGUCUAUGCAGCCAUGCUUGACACAGGAAACUUCGUGCUGGCCAACCGAAACUCAAUCCAUUUGUGGGCGAGUUUUGAUCAGCCAACUGAUACAAUCCUACCCACACAGACUCUUAGUCAAAACAGCAGACUUUUCGCUCGCUACACGGCAUCAAAUUACUCAAGAGGAAGAUUCCAGCUUACCUUAGAAUCUGAUGGGAAUCUCAGGUUUUACACAACACUAUUCCCAUUGGAUUCAAUUAACUCUCCUUACUGGUCAACCAACAUUAAGGACAGUGGCGUUGAGCUGAUGUUCAACCAGUCUGGCUCCAUUUACCUUACAGCCAGUAACGGAAGCAUACUUACAAUGGUAUCAGACAAAAUAGUUUCAAUGCAAGAUUUCUACCAGAGAGCAACUCUUGACUAUGACGGAGUUUUCAGGCACUAUGUGCACCCUAAAAGCACUGGCUCAAGUGUCGGGUCAUGGAACAUGGCUUGGUCCACCUUGUCCUCCAAACCUAAAGAUUUAUGCAUGAGUAUUUUUCAAGAUAAAGGCGUUGGCGCAUGCGGGUUCAACAGCAUAUGUACACAGGACCAAGGACCAAUUUGCCAAUGUCCAUAUGGUUAUACCGAUAUGGAUCCAGCUGAUGUGUGGAAAGGAUGCAAACCGAACUUUGUUCCACAAAGCUGUGGUGAGGCCUCAUCAUCAGAAGCACAUCUUUUUUAUUUUGCAGAGAUGCAAAAUACGAAUUGGCCUGUGACUGAAUACAACUAUUUUCAGCCGGCAACUGAGGAUUGGUGCAGGCAGGCUUGCCUAGCUGACUGUUUCUGUGCCGUUGCCAAUUACAGAGACGGGCAGUGUUGGCUGAAAGGAAGCCCACUUUUCAAUGGGAGGAUUGAACCCGGUAGCGGAAUAAAAGCUCUGAUCAAGGUAAGGAAUGAAAGUUCAACCUUGAUAUCUGGUGACAGAGAUUCGAAAAAGAAAGACAAUUCAACAUUGAUCCUUGUUGGAUCACUUCUCUUGAGUAGCUCGGGGUUUCUUAACGUCCUCUUACUGCUAAUAACCUAUCUGCUUGUUUCUCGCAUGUAUUGUGGAAAAGCAAAGGUUAUUCAACCUUACCUGGCCAUGAACUUGAAAUAUUUCACUUAUGAAGAGCUAGAAGAAGCUACCAAUGGAUUCAAGGAAGAACUAGGCCGUGGUGCUUUUGCAACAGUUUUUAAAGGAGUUUUAAAGUCGUCUGAUAAUGGGAAAUAUGUUGCUGUCAAAAGAUUGGACAAUAUGGUUAAAGACAAUGAGUUGGAAUUCAAAGCUGAAAUUAGCUCAAUUGGCAAAACAAAUCACAAAAAUUUGGUCCAACUACUAGGAUUUUGCAACGAGGGGCAGCACCGAAUUCUUGUAUAUGAGUUUAUGAGCAACGGAUCUUUAGCGGGCUUCCUUUUUGGAGAGUCAAUGCCAAAUUGGUACAAAAGAAGGCAAAUUGCCUUGGGAAUUGCAAGAGGGCUCUUGUAUUUACAUGAAGACUGCAGCAGCCAAAUCGUACAUUGUGACAUUAAGCCUCAAAACAUUCUUCUAGAUGACUCUAUCGGUGCAAGAAUAUCUGACUUUGGAUUGGCCAAGCUUUUGAAAAUGGACCAGACUCACACCACUACUAGAAUCAGGGGAACUAAAGGGUAUGUGGCCCCUGAAUGGUUUAAAAACUUGCCCAUCACGCUGAAGGUGGAUGUUUACAGCUAUGGCAUUUUGCUACUGGAGAUUCUUUGCUGCAGGAGGAACUUUGAACAACAGGCAGAGGAUGAAGAUCAAAUGAUACUAGCUGAUUGGGCAUAUGAUUGCUACGAGCAAAAGAAACUGCAUCUACUAUUCAAGAAUGAUAACGAGGCAAUGGAAGACAUGAAGACGAUGGAGAAGUAUGUGAUGAUCGCAAUAUGGUGCAUUCAGGAGGAUCCAUCACUGAGACCGACAACGAAGAAACUCACACUAAUGCUUGAAGGAACUGUUGAAGUCUCAAUUCCACCAAAUCCGUCCUCAUUUACAAGUUCAAUAAUGUAA